AUGCUGUGCACAUUCGCCAAUUCGAAUACAUACGUGCUGGUUGUUACGCUUCGCUUAAUUCUGGAUUUCCAGCUCGUCUGGUUAUACCGAUAUACGUACGAAACUCAAUUCUCACAUGUGGGUAAAUCGCGAAUGUCGGGCAGCUCGAAAUAUGAGACUAAUUUGGAAAAUCAGCACUCAAAAUCAAGUACAGAUUUGGACGAACCAGAGACACUGCGGAAUCUUUUUCACUCGAGCCACAAGCUUUGUCGUUUGACUGCUUCGCGAUUGGUCAGCAAGGCAGCAACGUUGCAAGAAGGGGAACCCAAAGUAGAGGCGCCGUUUUCUAAUGGCCUUGAUGAAUUAACCACUGCAGACCGUUGUGACUGUCUGGAGUUCGUGCUGCGUGGAAUGACCUCCCUUCGACGGUUGUACAUGCUCCUUCUAGAACCCAAUUUAAAGCACUAUUAG